CCAUAGUAAACACUGGUCACCACUCCGAAGCAAGCUAACCCACGGUUAUAUCUGGAUAGAAAGACAGAGAUGUGUUGUUCUUGUGGUGUCUAGUGGUGUCCUUGUCCCAUCUGGCAUAGUGGACGAGACUAGCUGAACCCCAUCUCUGUCCUGUCACUGUUCCUCUGAAGACCUCCACCAACUACGUCUCCUUCCUCGUCCUCUACCUCCUCCUCUUCCUUCCUGUGAUGCCUCCCUCAUGCUGUGGCUGCCUGUCACAGUACACCCAUCAUCACCUGGUUGCUUUUCUCCUCACCUUUUUUAGUUAUGUGCUGCUUCAUGCAUCCAGGAAGACAUUCAGCAAUGUCAAAGUAAGCAUCUCAGCACAGUGGACACCGUCUGUCCAGAAUGACAGUGCCCCUGCAUUCUCUCCUGAAGAGAUAUGGGAGAGCAAUUGUCUCUUUGCAGAUGAAAAGCAGGCCACUCUGUUUCUCGGUGCACUGGACUCCAUCUUCCUCUUUUCAUAUGCAGUGGGCCUGUACCUCAGUGGUGUUAUUGGUGACAGAGUAAACCUACGCUAUGUGCUAUGCUUUGGCCUCUGUGGCUCUGCUGCUGUGGAGUUUGUGUUUGGCACUUUGACUGAAUGGCUUCACAUCUACAACAUCUAUCUGUACUGUGGUCUGUGGGUGCUGAACGGCCUGCUGCAGUCUGCCGUCUGGCCCUGCGUCGUGGCUGUCAUGGGCAACUGGUUCGGCAAGACAGGGCGUGGUUUUAUCUUUGGUCUCUGGAGCGCUUGUGCUUCUGUGGGGAAUAUCCUGGGUGCUUUCCUGGCCUCUAGUGUGCUCAAGUAUGGCUAUGAGUACGCCUUCUUGGUGACGUCAGUGGUGCAGUUUGCUGGUGGUGUGGUGGUUUUCUUUGGCCUCCUCACAUCCCCAAAGGAAGUUGGCUUGUGCCUGGAGUCAGACACUGGACUCUGCCCAGUGGAAACGGACACAGACAGCCACAGGCCUCUGAUGAGCGAUGAGGAAGAUGAGGUGGAGGUGGAAGUGUACGACAGACGACACCAGUCAAUUCAGCACCCAGAAGAGCCUCUGGCAGAGUCCCCUAAGGCCAUCGGCUUCCUCCAGGCUUUCUGUCUGCCAGGGGUCCUACCUUACUCCCUGGCCUAUGCCUGUCUAAAGCUGGUCAACUACUCCUUCUUCUUUUGGCUUCCUUUCUACCUGAGCAACAACUAUGGCUGGAAAGAGGCGGAGGCAGACCGCCUGUCUGUGUGGUACGACGUCGGAGGAAUUAUCGGGGGGACAGUUCAGGGUCUGAUAUCUGACGUCAUGGGAAAGAGAUCUCCAGUUUUGGCAUUAAGUCUGGCACUGGCGAUGGGAGCUCUGGUGGGAUACAGCCGUUCCCCUAAUGACCAGAUCAUAAAUGCGGUGCUGUUGGCCACAACGGGCUUCUUGAUCGGUGGUCCAUCUAACAUGAUCAGCUCUGCUAUAUCUGCAGACCUGGGCCGACAGGAGGCUCUCAGGGGCAGUCAGGAGGCUCUGGCUACUGUCACCGGUAUCGUGGAUGGAACUGGAAGUAUAGGAGCUGCAGCAGGACAGUACUUGGUGUCUCUGAUUGAGAGCAAGCUGGGUUGGAUGUGUGUCUUCUACUUCUUUGUUGUCAUGACCGGGGGCAGCAUCGUCUUCAUCGUUCCCCUGAUUCUCAGAGAAGUGCGGGCCAUGUGGAGGGAGAGACAGACACUACGACAUCAGCUGUGAAAGCCUUAACAACUGCCAGAAGUCAGGUUUUUAUUCUGUAAGUGACAGCACAGCUUCUCAUAAAUGACUCCUUUGGCGAGUGUGAAGAUGUGGGCAGAUUAGCAGUGUGCUGUUUGCCUCGACCUCAAGUAAAAUAAGCCACAAGUUGCACCCUCACAACACCCAGAGUGAGCAUACAAAGAAUCUGGACAAAACUCACUAAAGCCUGAAAUAUAAACAUGUACUAAUAGAUUUAGAUGAUACUGAUGUUAAGCUGAAGUGCCUGAUUGAAAGAAGCUUCGAACAGAACCCAACUCUGCCAGACCGGUCUGUAAAUUCAGAGCCCAGGGUUAUGACUUGACAUGUAUUUUAUGUAUAUAUUUGGGAGUUGUGGAUGUAAAUAUUUUACUUAAGUAAUGUUCAAUGAAUUGGCCUUUUAAACCAGGGGAUCUUAACGUAAAGAUGAGUUCAUUGGAGACAGCCAUGGAGUUCUGGAUUGCCUAAAGACUGUGAAUAAUAACUGUAAUGUAGAGAGAUUGUUAGAAUUUGUAGAUAUGUAUUGUGCUUUUAUUGUGUUGGUUUGAAAUCAUGAAUAUUGCACUGUAGGGUGUGUAUGGUAUUUAGGCAGGGACUAGACUAAAAGGAGUAAAUUCAAAUGAACCACUUGUGGGAGUAUUCCACUCUCCUGCAGAUGUAUGUAGUUUUGUGUAUUCAUGGUCUGUAACGCUUCUCACUGGGGGCAGGGUCCUCUCCGUCACUGUUCUCAUGUUUGCUUGUCAUUCCACUUUCACUUCCUGUCACUGAAAUGUUUACACUUUUAACUUUUUAUUUUAUUACUCUUAAUUCACACAUUGUCCCUGUCAAACACACACUGACAGAAACACACAGUUCUAUUGUGUCUUAAUUUCAGGCUUUUAGUUUGGAGUGAAGCAUGCUGGGAUGCUUUUCAGUGUAAAUAUUGAAUGUAUCCUGUGUUUGAAUGAGGGACAUGUUUUGCAUUUGUUUUUUGCUUUUUUAAUGAAUGACUUUUUUUUUUUAUGAAUGUCAAGUCAGAGUUAUGAAGCCACAGAGAGGCCAGUUAAGGUAAAUGCUUUUUUUUCUACUUUAUUACCUCUUGUAACUGGUGAUUUUUAGAUUUUUUUCUUCCUUUUUUUUUUAAUAACUCAAAAGGCCAGUAGAUACAAGUAAUUUGCUUUUUUUCAUGGCAGUCAGUCACUUUGCUAUGUACCUUGUUUUUAAAUGAGUGGGAAGAGAAAAAUCAGUUGGUAUAUUUUCAUCAUUGUCAUCAUUUGUGACAGGUUCUCUGUGUUGAUACUGUCUCUGGGCUUCAUUAGCAAAUUUAACAGAAUGUAAAGUGAAAUGUACGCAGAAUGUUUUAACACUCUCUGUGGUAUACUUUUCAGUUUUCUUUUAUCUGUAUUUAUUUGCACUCUGAGUUUUAAAUCAAUAUAAUUGCAGUUUUUUUCAAAUAAAUGCAAUUUACAUUUGA